AUGGCUAGUGCAAAAGAUGAUUCGCUUCAGUCCAUUAAUGUGCAAUUGAAUGGCCAGAAUUAUUCGUAUUGGCAUUAUGUUAUGAAAAUUUUUCUGAAAGGGAAACGUAUGUGGGGUUAUGUUUCUGGAACUUCCACGAAACCGAAGGACGAUAAGGAUGAGAGCUUUGCAGAACAGUUGGAUCUUUGGGAUGCCAACAAUUCAAAAAUUAUCACUUGGAUCAACAACUCGGUUCAACAAUCAAUCGGUAUCCAAUUGGCGAAAUAUGAGACGGCGAAGGAAGUUUGGGAGCACUUGGAAAGGUUGUAUACACAGUCUAAUUUCGCAAAGCAGUAUCAGUUGGAGAUUGACAUUCGGGCCCUUCAACAGAAUAGCAUUAACCUUGCUUUGACUAAAUCAGUUGAGUUACGGGCAUUUGCCCCUUACAUUGCUUGGAGAGACGCACAGCGUCUGGUUCAAUUUUUGAUGGCUCUUCGAGAUGAGUUUGAAGGUCUUCGUGGAACAAUCCUGUAUCGCAGUCCUCUUCUGUCGGUUGAUUCGGUGGUUAAUGAGUUGUUAGCAGAAGAGAUUCGCUUGAAGUCUCGUGUUGAUAAACGGGGGGCGGAAAAGGAGAUUCUUCCUUCUCCGAAUCCCUCUGUCUUUGCAAUUCCUCAUCGGCCAGCCUCCAACAAUCAACACAAGACUCAAGCCAAGGUUGGCUACGACGAAUGCAGUUUUUGCAAGCAAAAGGGACACUGGAAGGCUCAAUGUCCCAAACUGUUGAACAUGGCGCAAUCACCAUAUCAGUCUCCUUACUGGAAAUCUGGCAACCAACCUCAUCGACCUCUUCAUUCUAUGUCUUCAAACAUGGCAGCUAUUGUUCCACCUGCAGAUUCUGGAAGCACUCCUAGUACCUCGAUUGAUACACUCACAGAGUAG